AUCAAGGAUCUCUCAACAAAUGGCCGUAUAUUAUUAUGAAUCUAAUCUGGAAAUGGCUUGUGUAAAAUAUUAUUCGUCAUGACACUGUGAAAUCAUCGAUUCUUUAGGUAUAUUGUUAUUUGUAGGUUGUAGUGUAGCAUAUAAGCAUAGGGCUAGGCAUACAUUUUAACUUUCAACUUUAAGUUUAAGUAAUUUGUGAUUAUGGACUGUAACUAACAAACUCUACUCAGUGUCAGAGCGACAGAAGAUUCCUGAAAAGCAAACAACCCACCAAAAUGUGCAAAGUUCUAAGCCCGAGGUCGAAGUUCUUUUAUUUAUUAAACGGUAAAUCUACUACACGAGCAGUAUUUUAGUAUUAAGUUAAGUAGGGACUAGCACAGUACUCAGUAGGUGAUGGUAAUAGACAACCCACUUACUAAAAUUGGACCGUUCUGUUACUGAGUUACAGUGAGUUUACAGCCGGUCAGUCAGUACUGUACAAAUUCACAAAUAAUUGAAGAAAAACUACAAGAAAAUUACUCCUGGGAAAGUCUCUCCAAUUGUCCCCAGUUGCGCCCACUCUUUUUGGUGUCUGCCUCCAGGUCCCUUCUCCAAGUCGUUUUUGGUCGACUUUUAAUAGAUUUUAAUAAGUUAUUAAUAAUGUUCCACCUGAUAUUACAACAGUUACAUUGCCCAAGGCGGAGGGGUUCUCAACAAAGAUUAUAGAUAUAUGUACAACCACACAGUUCACAGGCACAAUAAUCUAAAAGAAUUCCACAACUUAUAUGAUAUAACAUAUUCAAAAUUGUUCCUAUAAGAACAAAUCCCAGAGUUGGCAAACUAAUAAUAAUGACAGAUCUGACUCUUUAAUUUUAUUGUAAAAAGCUCCACCUAGACCAGGGGUGUCAAACUCAAUCGGUCGGUGGGCGAAAACUCAAAUCACAUGUAAGGUUGUGGGUUGAACAGGAUUAACAUUCAAUAAAUUAAUCUUUUAAAAAAAAACCAUUUAUAUAAAUGAUGACAGAAAAAAGUUUUAAUAAUUAAAAAUCAUUGGCAUACACAUUUUUGUUCUUAUGCCGAUUUGCCAGAGCUGGAUAUUUGGCACAUUUUCUUGGCUACAAAAACAGUUAAGUUUGUUUAUGUUGGGUCAUUUAUUCUGUGUCAUUGAGAUUCUCACGAUGGACUGCAAGUGUUCAUCAGUGAGACGACUCAUGUGUGAUGUUUUGUUAAUCUUCACAACACCUGCUCACACAGACAUGUGCUACCCAACAUGCUCAGGUUGGAGCCGCAUGUAGACGAAGCUGGGGCAUCUCGAAUGAAAGAAGUGAACUGUGCAGGCCCAACUGUGGUGUACUUUGCCAUUAGUGUCCCAUUACACUGCAGCUCUAUUAGCUCCAUCUGCAAAUUUACAGAUGCAGUUUCGACGUCUAUGACAAAUGAGUUAUGAAACAGCUCGAAUUUACAUUUCUGUGCUUCAAAGUCACUAAAGCACUGUGGGAACUCUGCGCGAAGUAAGCUAAGUUUUUCAGCAAAGUGUUCAUUGGGAAACACUAUAGCGUUGACUUGGAUUUAAUUGUACGCCGGUCAAGACCUGAUAUAAUUGUUCGGAGGGCCGUAUGUGGCCCACUGGCCUUGAGCUUGACACAUGACCUAGACAGACCCAUAAAAAAAUAUUGCUUGAACUUAGUAAUGAAAAAUGUUUGCUGAUCAUGUCUAAUGGCAUGUGUGAACCACAGUGAACACAAUUUUUAUUGCUUUCUUAUUUUAGUGACUGAUUGAUAUCGUACAGAAGCACACCAAAUAUGAGCUUUGUAUAUUAAAAAUUAUUGGUUAAUAAUUAAAUUCAUUAAAACAAUAAUUCUCUAAUGUAGUCUAAAACAAUAAUUUGCAAAAACUAUAUUUUACCUAUUAACUAACACACAUUAAAUAACUAAUAGUAAUGCCCAGUGUAGUCUGUAGUUUGCAGAAUGAGUUUGUUUUAGGCUUUAGGCAUACUCUAUGACUACUUGUACUACUAUACUUGUACAAUUCUUCUCAUCUUUGUUUUCAUAAGGGCUUGUGGGCCUUCUUUUUCUUUUCCUUUCUUUCAGUUGCUUAAUAGUAAUGGGUAGGAUUUAAAGUUAUGAUAUAAAAAUUUAAUUAACAUUGCUGUUAUUUGUUCUCUCUCCGUUGAUGAAGAGAUAAAUAUCAGGAUUGCAAAAGCAGCAGCAACUAUGGCUAAACUGAAUAAACGGGUAUGGAUAAUCUCAAUCUAACUGAUAAAACAAAAAUAAGUGUCUAUCAGGCAUGCGUGCUUAGCACGCUCCUAUAUGGUAGCGAAGUGUGGACCACAUAUACCAACCAGGAGCGGAAACUCAACAGCUUCCAUCAAAGAUGUCUGCAUCGCAUUUUGCGCAUUCGUUGGCAGGACAGGAUGCCUAACCCGGAGGUUUUGGAACAUACACACUUAUUUAGCAUAUUCUCCUUUCUAAUCAAGAGGCGCCUUCGCUGGUUAGGUCAUGUACGGAGAAUGGAGGAAGGACGUAUCCCAAAGAUACUGCUGUAUGGAGAGUUGGCAGAGGGGACAAGACACAUUGGACGACCGCGCCUGAGAUUUAUUGACGUUUGCAAACGAAGCAUGAGGGAAGCCAAUAUUGAAACAAACGAAUGGGAGUUCAUUGCCGAACAUAGCUCCAACUGGCGAACAGCAGUGUUUGAAGGAGUAAAAAAGGAAGAAGAUACUCGAAACGAGGCCCUUGAAUCAAAAAGAACAAUUUGGAAAUCAAGAAUUUUCCGGGAUUCAAUAUUCUCCUGCGAGAGAUGCGGCCGUGAUUGCCAUUCUAGGAUUGGUCUAGUGAGCCACUCGUCAAAGUGUAGAACUAUAUAGCUACUCCAACGUCUCAUGAAGACGGAAGGAUGCCAUAUAUAUAUAUAUAUAUUUGUUCUAUGUUGUAUUGAAGAAGUCAAUAGCUGUAAGAUUUAUAUUGUGUCAUAAUUAAGCUUACAUAUGAUAUAUACAAAAAAUUGUUUUUAUCUCAUUAAUGUAUAUUGUGCAUAAAAGCUUUAUUGCAGUCAAACCCUGUUAUAAUCACUACAGUGACGGCAAUCAACAAAGCUAAUGUUCUAUAUUUAGUUUCAAUGAUCACCAGCCUGAUACAGCACAUCAAAGGAAUAAUAAUUUUAAAAAAAAAUUAUUAGCCAGGCAAGCCACCUUCUUCUCAGAUUAGGGCAUAUAUAAAAUAACUUUAAAAAUUAGGCCCUUUUUAUUGUGACAAAUACUAAUUUCUAAUUUUCUAUAUAUUUAUGAUUCAAAGAUUACUAAAUUAUCUACUGACGACUAUAUAAAUAUUAGUACUGCUAGUGUAAGACUAGACUACUUAAGUACAAGUAAACAUUUAGCCAUUAGUCUCUAUACCCAUAAUCAUAGUUGUAGCAAAGGCAUGCAUAUAUGAUUGAGAUUAGGCUAAGUAGGUUUACAAUCAGUUAUGAAUAAAUUUACUGCCAUUUCACUCAGUAGUUUUUGAUACUCCAUUUACAGUCCAUAUUCUUAUGGACACUGAAAUGUGUAAACAGUGUAUCUCUAUAUCAGAAGUAUUAAUAAUUAGCCUAAUUGAAAUUCACCCAUUUGAUAUUUUAAGAAUAAUCUCAUAUAUAAAUUUUGAUUCUGAUGUGUCAUGCUACCACUUCAAAACCGCCCUUCCCCCAACUCCACAUGUUUUAUAUCAAUAGUAUUGAGUGAAGGAAAAGCUGUCAUGCAGCGCGUGUCAUGCGUGACGCUUGAACUCAAGUAAAUAGUUUAAAAAAUGUAAAUUUUUAUCUUUAGUGGGAGGUGACUGGAAUGAUGUAGGACUGUCUGUAGGCUUUUUGUUUAAAGGCUGAUUGGUAGGGUGUAGAACUAUCUGUAGACCUAUUGUUUAAAGGCAGGCAGAAGGGUGUAAGACUGCUGGUAGGCCUAUUGUUUUAAGGCCACCAGAGUGUACGUCUAUUGUUUGUGGGAGAGUGUAUGUUAAAUAUUGGCUAAGGAAACAUUGAAUAUUGUCGGGUUUGAAGGGGAUCGUUUGUCUGCCUCUGAGCAAAAGUUAUAUCAGUCAUAUCAUGGCUUCAAAAGGAAACUGAAAAAAAACCCAUUAAUUACUAGGCCUAUGUAUUAUACUUCAACUGCAACUGUCAUGAUUUUGUAUUCAUCACUGAAUGAGACCUUAAGAUUUUUUGAAAGUUUGUACAAUUAAAUCCUGAAGUAAUUAUUUAUAAAUCAAUUUUUAAAUUUGCAGUGUUCAAGGGUACUGCUGUUUCCCCACUCAAAAGAGAUCUGUAUGCUAAACGUAGCGACCACUUAUUCUCGCAGCUAAUAAAUGAUAGUAGCAACAUGCUUCAAGCAGCUAGCGGUAAGAGCAAUAGUAAAAAACUUUCAUCUCUGAAUUCAACAAUUGUUGAGGAGGAUGAGGCAAAAUUGGACCCCACUUACAAUCAAGCAGAUAAUAUACCUGAUGUAUGUAAAUCAGAUUUGCAAAAUUCAAACAGCAGCCAGGAGUCACAAGAGCCAGACAUUGUCCGCUCGAGUUCCUCCUCUAGCAGUUCCAGCAGCAGCGACAGACUAUGUAGACCAUUAGAAAAAACCUCAAAGCCAUCUACUGUAAGUUCAUUCAGCUCCUCUGAUGAAUCCGCAACAUUCUCUGACUCCACACGUAGACAUUUUCGUGGUUCAAACUCUAAGCUAAAACGGCAACCUUUGGUUAGUCAAAACAGUGGGGAUAACGAUGUUUUUGAACCAACGCCCACCACUGCAUUAGCAAAUUAUGGAAAUAACCCAGAACCUCAAAAUUAUGCAUUGUCUGAGAAAGGUCAAAGAGCACGUAGUGACUUCUGCAGUAGUGGUUAUGGCACUGGGUCUGGAGAAAAUUCAACCUCUAAAACAUCAGCUCAGUUAUCUGCAGAUCUUGACAAUGAACUUACAGCUGUAACAUCUGAAAAAUAUCCUGAAGAUUUACAAGAUAAUGUAAGCAACACAUCCACUGUUGGCUCUGCAUUGCCAGCCGAUAAUAUUGGAAAUAUCUCAAGUAAACACAACCAGUCCAAUAACAUUACAGUGAACGCUACAAAAGCCAGUAACACUUGCAGUGACCAGAUUUCAUCACCUCUUAUGGAUAAUGCUAUCAAGUCUUAUUCAUUGCCCUCUGUCUUGAUUGAUUCAAAUAAUCCUGGUGCUAUAUCUAGAGCCAGCCUAAUUGAUCAUUUAAGAAAAACCAGCUCAAAUUUGAGUACCGGUAACUCUUCACCUAGCAGCACUGGGAGCUAUUUUAUUACUCCAAGCAAUGAAGCAGCACUUACUGUUCACAGCUCCAUAUCUUCAUCACUGAUUCGUCAAAUGUGUUCAUCAGGCCCAGGUAAGGAUUUUCUUUACUAUAUACUGUAUUGCAGCAAGACAAUUUUUAGUUCCAGUAAAACCUGGAAAUAACACACACUUUUGGGGCUGUAGCAAAAGUGGUGCUAUUUUCAGGGAUGGUGCUAUUGGUGGGUUCAGUUAGUGUUAAAAAUCACUCUUUGUUGAUUAGGGUUAACGCAUAUGUAAAAUGUAAGGACACCGCUAUUUCAAUGUUUAUCAUAUCUAGGUACCAUUGUGAAUGUUUAACAAUAUAACUGUUCAAAAUCAUGCUAAAUAACAAAUUAUAUUAUCGAAUGUUGAUUUAUAUUGAUUUUUUUUUUCUAGGAUCUCAACCACUUGAAAGCCAGAAUAUUGACUCAUUAAAGUUUUCAUUAACACAACCAAAAAAAAAACAUGAAGCAAGUCUGGUAAAUAACUAUUAUAAAAUUCUUUGUUUAAAAUAUACAGCCUUUCAUGAAAAUGUUAUAUAAUUUGCUUAUUAUUUUUAUCACAAAUAAUUUACUUGUACUGCUUUAAUAACAAAAGAAUUAUAAAAUAAAAUGAACAAAUUUUUGAGUCAUAAAUGGUAAAAAAAAAUAAAAAUGUAUGACUUCUCUACAGCCCACUCUUGUAUCUGAUUGUGGUAGCUAUGCCAUAAACCUCUUGUUGGAAAAACUUGAAAGAACUGCUAGAUGUGAAGAGGUACAAUGUGAUGAUGAAAACUGCAGCCAGGUUUGUCAGCUUUUAAUAAUUUUUUGUAAGGAUAAGAUGUCAAGUCUAAUGCCUGGCCAACAAUUUUCAAUUCUUUCCAAGCUAGUUGUUCUUUGUUGUUCAUAUAGGUAUGUAGUGUUACAUGCUUUUACAAACAACAAUAAUCAAUUAUACUAUUAAGUUGAUGUAAAAAUACAAAAUAAAAUAUACAGAAAUAAAAACUAUAUUAACUUACAGUGCAGCAAAUACAAAAAGUAUAAUACUAGAAAGGUGUAAAUAUUAAUCCACACACACACAGGAAAAAGUUUGGCAGGUCUUGUAAGUGUGUCAGUCACAGUUGACAGUCGUAUUUAUAGUUUGGGAGUCAGAACCCUCCAGAAUAGAAUGUCUAGAAAAUCAAUCAUCAGGGAGUAUUUUCUACCUCCAUGUAAACCUUCUGGAAAUUGUAAACAAACUUUCUGAAUCAAGGGGCGGGUGAGGAAAAGAGUUGCACCACAUGUCACCAAGACAUUUGUGACGUUGGUAGCUAAAAAAUAUGGGAUGUAAAGGAUGCAUGCCACGACUCUACACCAAGCAGGGUGAAUAAAAACUAGGUCAAUAUACAGGCUAUAACAAUAGUGAUAGUAUGAAAUGAUGUUUAAAGGAUAUGUUCAAAAUCAUUGGUCUUUGCAGUUUACCCAUUGGUUGAGAUCCAUUUUAUAAAUUAUAUCCGCAAAGAAAAUAAUUAAAUGGUUAAAUAUGAAAAGAGCCACAAUUAUAAAUUCAAAGGGCUUCAGGUUGUCAACGUUUUAGGCAGCCUAAUAUAUCAUGGCCUAAAAUACAUUUAAAUGUGACUGCUUGCUGCUAUCACUUAGGGUUUGCAAAGAAAUACCACAUCAAGCCACUGCUCAGUUUUCUUUCUUUAUGAUAUUGUCGAAAUAUGAUCUCACUUUUCAGGUGAGGUUAUCUGGGGGUGCUAAUGUUUUCCUCACUGUGGUCAUUUGCACCAGUUGAUUUUAUAUAUGUAAAUUUAAACAUGAAAAAAUAAUGGAACUUGUUUACUAGGGAUUAACCAGGGGAAGAUUUUUACACCGUUGGGUCCAAGUCCAAGCGUAACAAAUAAAAAAUUGACUUCUUAUUUUCUAUAAAAUAUGCCGGCCUUUAAACAACAAGACCACAGACAGUCAGAUACUCCACCUGCCAGCCUUUAAAAAAAAAUGCUACAGACACUCCUAAAAUAGAGACAGUCCUACACCAUCCCCAUGGCACUUAAUUGAUUGAUAUAAUAGUUGCCUCUAAAAUAAUUCAAUCUUUUUACCUGAGUUAAACCAUCACGCAUGACGCUCCCUGCUUGAAAGCUUUUUUUUUUUUCACUCAGUUCUAUUAAUAUAAAACCUGUUGAGUAGGGGAGGCCCGGUUAAGAAAAAGAAGCAGCCACACCAGAAGCAAUAUAUAUACAAGAGAUGUUAUCUAAUUUUGUCUUUUAGCCAUACAAUGAUAAUCUAUGGAUUAAAUAAUAUUUAAAUCUAGCAAAUUUGUAUACUGUACUUAAUUUUUAACUAUUCAAAGUCUUGUAAAAUGUAAAAUUGCUGUUCCUACUAUAGAUAAAAAAGUGUAUAAAUGAACUGAAAAAUUGCAACUUGGAAGGAUCUUCACUGAGUGACAAUCAAAGAAAUCUUCUGCUUCAAAUGGCUUUACAUGAUGAACAUUGCACUUUGCCAAGAUGUCCCUUCACUUGGUGUGGUACAUCUGCUAUAGAGUGAGUCACUAUUUUUUCAAUGUCAUUACUUUUAAAACCAUCAAGUUCAAUAAAUUUGUAAAUGGAAAGGCCAUGCAAUGCUGAAAAGGGUUCACUUUUUUGUGUGUGUAAAUGAGGUGAUAUUUAAUUAAUCAUCACAUUUGUAUAACUAAAAAAUCGCAUAGUGCAUUAAGCUCUAAGAUUAGCUCCUAAUAAUUUGUUAAAUUUAUAUGCACAUACAUGUAUGUACACAUCUAUAAUUUUGGUUGGCUUGAGCCUUGAAAAAUUAAUUUCUGUGCAAUGAGCUUCAAUUUUAAAUGUAAAAUACUUAAAAUAAUCUUUCUUUUUUUUCAGCGCUUUAAGCCAAGAGGAAAAAAUUGAAAACAUGUUAAAGAGGGUGGAAAAUUUCACAGAUAAUCAAAUUAUUUUUAGUACUUCUUACCUCAAAUACAUGGAGGUAAACUCUUUUAUUUCAUUUUAAAUCACCCAUAGUAAUAGAUAAGUAUGUUCAUAUAAGAUUCUGAGCAGUGCACACAUUUUGUCAGGCUUGAAAAAGUUUGAGUUUGAUUAUUUUUUUGCCACAGAACAAUAUUUUAACACUUAAGUUCUAUUUUGUUGUAACUCAUAUCAAUGCUAAUAAAACUGUACAAAGUCAAACUGGUUUUUCCAGUGCUCUAUUUACAAUAAAAAUAAUCUAUAAAUAUUCUACUAUACUUUUGAAAAACUGUGGUAUAUAUAUAUAUGUUAAGUUGUAUAGUCAUGUAAAAUGCUUCAUAUUAAUUAAACAUUUAUUCAUUAAGCACAAGGUUAAAAUGCCGACCAGAAUUAUAUAUUUUCCUGCUUUGGAAAUAUUAUUUGUACUGCUAAGUUUAAAAAGCAAUGUUCAGUUUUUGUUCUUCUUUUAAAUUAGCUCUUUUCUUCUGUAGCGUUCUUCCCAGAUUUCAUUUUCAGUCAUGCCACAAGAAAAAGUACAUUGGCAAAGGCUCUGCAUGGUAGAGAACUCCAGUAAAGUCUUGCUGGCUAGUAGGAUCAUUCCUCAUCAACCAGAGACUAGUUACUGGAUCAUAAAAAAGGCAAGUGUGUGCUUUAAAACUGGUUAAUUCAGACUUGGAUAACAGUUCGCAUAAAUGCUACUACUGAAUAAUAUUUGAUCCAAUAUUCUUUUGGAGCAUGAAUCAACAAGUUUAUGUUCUCCUUCUUCUUCUUAGCCGUUCUCACUCCCAAUGGAGCAUAGGCUAUCCACAAUACUUUUCCAUCUGUCCUUGUUGUAGAGUAUGAGCGUUCAUUAGUAAUUGUUGCGACUGAAUAUUAUGUUCAUUAGUUGUUGAACGCUUUUCCAGCGCUUGACUCUUAUAGUUAGUGAACGCUCUUCCCGCGAUUGUCUCUAUGACAUAUUUUUAUGCUGAUUCAUGACGUAUUGUCUAUGCAGUAUUGUGACGUAUGUUUUAGACGUGCGGCAGUCUUGAGUGGAACUUAGGAGUGAUAGGAUGUGUAUUAUUUAGGUCUGAUAGCGAGCUGCGCUAUAUUCACGUGUUAUGUGUAGUAUAUUUACUUAGACAUUAAAGUUAUAAUUAUUAUGAAAAGGAGUUGAGUUUGUUCAGUGAUGGUAGGAAUAGUACGACACAUUCAACGUGUGAAAGAACUUGACGAAUGUAAUCAAUCCAAGAAGACUGUAGGAGUUGACACUUGUCCUGGGCUAUCCUUGCUAGUUCAGCCCAGCUUUUUUUCAUUCUCUUUACCUCUGUCUCUAGUCCCCUCUUCCAUGUGGCUCUUGGUCUUCCUCUCUUCCCGGUACCUUGAGGAUUCCAGUUCAGUGCCUGUCUUGUGAUGUUAGUGUUUGGUUUCCUUAAUGUGUGCCCUAUCCAUCUCCAUUUUCUCAUUUUUAUCUUCGUUUCCACCGGAACACUUGAUGCUCUCUCCCAAAGGACAGUGUUACAAAUUUGGUUAAACAAUCUUAUUUUGAGGAUCCUUCGCAAGGAUCCGUUUAUAAAAACAUGAAGUUUUUCAUUGUUUGUUUUUGUUGUUGUUCAAGUUUCACAGCCAUGCAGAAGUAGUGCCUUUACAUUCGAGUUGAAUAUUUUAAACUUUGUUUUUUGUCAGUAUUUCACUUGAGUUCCAGAUGUUUGGCAGGGUAUUGAAUGCUCCUCUGGCCUUUUAAACCCUAGACUUUAUGUCCUCAUCUGUGCCACCAUUUUUAUUUAUGAUGCUUCCAGGGUAUGUCAAAGUCUCAACUUCUUCAAGAGACGCUCCUCUCAGGUUAAUCCCAAUGACUCCAUCAUCCACUCCAUUUAUUCUUAAAAGGUCUUGGUUUUCCCUUUAUUUAUGCCAAGUCCAACUUACUGGGAUACAGAGUCAAGUUUUGUUGUUUUCUCCUGCAUUUGUUUGUGGCUAUGUGAUAAAAACUUUAGUUACAUCAAUAUAAACGAAUAAUAAAAUUUUACCUGACAAUUUUAACAUAAAUAUAUAAUGUGGAACAUAUGUUUUGCAUCUGAAUAAUUUACCUUCCAUUGCUUUGUUUUCAAUAUUAAGAUGUUCUAACAAAAAAGUUUGUUUUGUUUCUAAUUAUUUAUUGUUUCUUAUUUUAUCUUGCCUUCUGAAGAUGGCAUGUAGCUGAGAAUUUCAUUUUAAUUGUCCUGUCUUUUCAUUUCAAGCCUAAAUUUAUCUUGUUCGACUAUGUCCUUCACACCGCUUGAACGCAGUCUCUCAAAUAUUUUACAAUAAUUGCUUUUAAUUUUAAAAAUAAUUUUGAAAAUGUUGGUUGUUAUUGACACAGGUGGCUUACAAUGACAAUGAGGAAUCUCUGUGGCAAAUUUGUUCCAAGCUAAGGCAGAUGAACUGUUCUCAUGUGGUCAAAAUGUUGUGGGCAGCCAGUUUUGAAGAUCACCUCUUAAUUUGCUCUGAAUAUGAAGGUUUGUUGCUUAAAUUCUAAAAGAUAAUAAUGUUUAAUUCGGAUAUUUAUACAAAGCUGUAUUGAAGCCCCAGUACCGAUGACAAUAUCAAAUCUCAAUAAUUGGUAAAAUUAUAGACCAAUGGGAAAUACUUUCUCACACAAAAAUAUCAGGCUCACAGUAAGUCUAUUGCUAUCAUACAAAAUUUAAGAAUAUUCACUGCUGAUAACAAAAUCUUAGUACCAAAUACAAAAUUCAAAUAAAGUUAUUUUUUUUUAAACAGAAAGUAUAAAAGAUUUAAAUUAAAUCGAGUGCAAAGAGAAUUGUACAAAAAAAUUUAAAAAAUUAAGUUGCCUAUUAACAACAGAUCUGUAAAGAAAAUACCUAAUAUAUUUCUAUGAUUCUUGGAGAAUUGACUUUAAAGCUGAAAUAGAGUUUAUUUUUAGAAAUGACCCAAAGCAACAAUUUUCCCCACAAAUAUCAAAUGCAGCUAUCGCUAUUUUUCAUCACAGAAAUUCACUGCCGCUGUUAUAUGGCCCAUCUAGCGAGUAUUAAGUAUCUACUAUGAAGUUAAAUUCAACUGAUAUAAUCAGUUUAAAUUAUGAUUUCAAAAACUGAUUGUAGGUUUCUCCCCUAAAAAUAGUAAUGAAAUCCCUACUCUUAACACUAUGAAAGAAACUCAUAGAAUAACUAUGUUUACAAAUCUACCUUGUGGUUUUAAAAUAUUUGUAAUUUCUAUUUUUGUGAAGUUCUUUUCUCUAAACAUAUUUCUUUUCAGUAAUGAAUAAAUUUUCCAUGAUGUUUCACAGGCUACCAUUCCUUGCAAGAAAGUCUGCAAGCGAAUUCAUCCAAUGGCCUUGACAUUGGACUGGUGCACACUAUCAUGCUGCAACUUACAGAUGCCGCUUACCACUUACAUCUUCAGAACAUCAUCUAUCUCAAUUGGGCUAGUCAGUAUUUUCAUAUGACUUCAAUGUGUUGUGUAUUUGGUUUUGAUAUAAAUAGGCUUGCAAAUAUUUACCACUACAGAGUCCCAGAUGUAUUUCUUCAUCUGUGUGAACACUCUCACUAUGCAUGUGCACAAAAUGCAUCAAAUAUGCAAUAUGAAAUUCACCCCAAAGGGGAUUAAGAAUCAGCUCAACUAUUGUAAUAUCCCAAAGUCUUAAAUUUGUAACUUCUGAAAAUAUAUUAGGUGUAUGUUUGCAAUAAUAUUAACACCUUAAAAAAAUAUGCACCAAAACAAAAAAGUUAUCCGCAAAAAAAAACCCCUAAACAACUACUUCAUAAAACAGGAAAACUCUACAAAAUUUAAGCUAAAACAAAAAAAUAAAAAUGAACAUAGUUCAAUAUGUAUACAAGAAAAGUAUUCUUGUCUUUGAUGCAAUAGAUUAGUUCAAUAUGUAUACAAGAAAAGUAUUCUUGUCUGUGAUGCAAUAGAUUUUUUUUAAAGUUCCCGACUGAUUUUAUUAAAAAAUGGAAACUUUUUAAUUAAAAAAAACUCACUGAAAGCAAGGUCAGUCUUCUAAAGAUUUCUGUUUUGUAUAAAUAUAGUUUUGUAGGUAAGAAAGGGAGAAGACUAAUGUUAUUUUAUUUUUUAAAAGGUUCCAACAUAGUUAGGACACACCAGACAGAUCAGCGUAUUGCUGUAAAGCUUUGCAACUUUACAACUUCAGCUCUUGCUGACACAUAUGAUGAAGGAUAUCUUCGCCUUGCACUUCCUACUUACUUACUGUCACCUGAGGUAAUAUUUUAUUUUAAAAUGACAUGUGAGGUUGACAUUUCUUUACAGAAAUUCAACACUAGUUAAAUGAUGAGAUUUAUUUGUUAAAUGAUGUUGAAAGGGAUUUAUUAAUGAUCCUAUUUAUACUCACAUGUGACCUUGACAAGGGGGCUCAAUAAAAAUAAUUAAAUUUAGUUAUCACCUGAUUUGUGAAACGCUUAUUUUUUGCAGGAGGAAUUAUUGAUAAUGACUUAGUUGUUAAUAAAUUAAAUUUGUUAUAGUAUAAUAAGUGUUUUACGUAUUUAUAUAAAUUAAUCAAUUUUUAUAUUAAAAAGGCUUUUGAUUAUCAACUGAAUCUUGGAAAUAUCUUUUAAGAUGUUUUUAUCCCACCAUCUCUCUGGCCCUACCCUCAUCUCCCAUGUGCCACCCAUGACACCACCCAAUUUAAUCUCCCACCACUACCUCUAAACUACACCAACCCCUCACUUCCUUGAACCUAUCCUCUUGCACUCCCCUUUUGGAUUUCCCUUUAUACGCAGAGCUGUACCUGAGCCUGCAACCCCUGGCAGUGGGCCUCGGACAUUUAAGGGCCCAAAGUUUUGAUGUGGACAAUUUUAUUAUUGGAAGAAUUAACGUUGUAUAAAUUACAAAAACCGAAAUGUGGCAAAGCACGUUUUGUCAAGUAACCUUAGUAGAUGGUAAAUUCAGGCAUUACAGCAAGCAGCCAUUGUUUGGCCGUGUUAUUUCUUGUUUGUAAAUAAAAAAAAUGAUUUUAUUUUUGUAAUAACCUGAACAGUUUUAAUUUUGUAGUCGGUCUGUAUAAAUUAAAAUAUCAGCAAGGAUCUGUGUCCUUUUUUCUCAUGCUAAGAACUCAAACGCACUAGCGACAUCUGCUGUCAGACUGGGUUUUCUUAUUAAAUUGGUUUUAACUUCCUGUUCUAGCUGUGUACAAUGAACAAAGUAGUGCCUGAAAGUGAUGUCUGGGGCCUUGGAUGCAUCCUGUAUGAGCUGCUUACUGGCCAUCCAAUCUGGCAUGCCCACAGGCAUCUUUCUCAUGAUGAUCUUUUUAAAAUGGUAAUUUAAAGUUAUUUUUUUAGAAACCACUUCAUUGAAAUUGUUAAUUUAUCAACCGCCAAAAAUAAAACCAGUGUGUUAAAGUUUUCUAAUGCUAUUUCAUUUGAUUUAAUUUUUUUUUAACCCUCAAAUUGUCAGAUGAAAGAAAGAUUUCAACAGGUGAUACCUGGAGAAGAACUAAAUGGAGUAAAUCUAGCAAACAUGUGUCCAAGUUUGAAAUCAAUUUUUAAAAGUUGCUGGAACGUAAGUUAAAUAACACUAAACUAAUAAUAUAUGUAAAUAUCGCCAAACAUACACUUAUGUAUGAAACAAUUAAACUGGCUAUUUAGUCUAACUGAACCAUUUUGUUUUGUCGAGAUGCAGAGUCAAACUUUAACAUUCCCUUUUUUUUUCUAGGUAAAACCAGAAGAAAGAAAAAGUGUGUUAGAAAUUCAAAUCCUGUUAGUGGAAUCAUUUGUACAGAGCAAUCAGAAUACACAAACAGCAUAAUCAUCUGUGAGUGAUGAUCAGCACAAAAAGCUUUUACAUCUAUUUCAUAGCAGCUGGUAUGGAAUGAUAUUUGUUUAUAUUAUUUUCAGAAAACAACAAGAGCUUAAUUUUUUCAUGAUAAGGCAGUGAUCGCCUUAUUUCUUUUUCCAUAUAAUAUAUUUUAAGUAAAAAUAAAUUAUUUCCAGCAUUGAAAGAAGGUCUAAAUCUAUGAGCAAGUAAACCAUAUUUUGGAAACAGAAUUCUCAGAAAAAUACUUCCCUGUGUAAUAUAGUUCCCCCUCACCCCUCUCUAAACAUACACAUAUUUUCAACAUUCCAACCAAAAUUAGACACAAGAUGGAGCACCCCCCCACCCCCCUCGGGCUCAUUUACCAAAUAGAUUAAAAUAAGUGCCAUGUGUUUGAAAAGUGACAUUUCUAAGGAAAAAUACAAAGCUGCAAUGUUAUUUUGAGGAAAGCAAUCUUUCAAAAUUUCUUAAAAGAAAUGAAUUCAAAGUGUAAGGGAUACAUUUUUAGCAGUUUGUAAUUUUCUGAAACAAGUUAUCUUUAUCUCUAUCCACUGUUUUAGUGGUGAAAUUGUAAAAAAUAACAUUCCAAAUGCCUUUUCUAUUUUUGGUAAUGAUGAG